CCCGGGUGGUGGCUUCAGGAGCACGAGCAGCCUGUAGACGGUGUCCUGCCUGUGGUAGCUCCAGCCUUCAAAAACGCUGCCCACACCGAUGCACCAUUCCAGCCGCGGCAGGAAAGUUGUCAAAGAGAGCAUCUGGCAGGCAUGGAGGAGGUUGCCCGCCAGCUCCUCCACCACCUUGCAUGUGUGGGCCACGUCCUGCACUGGCCCCCAGAGGUGCUGCUGGUAGAAGGUCUCUAGGGCCCUCCUGCCUGGGCAGUCCAGCUGCUGUUCAGGAGAGAGCCAGUGCACAGCACCCACAGCCUCCUGCUCCUCGCCUUCCCCCUCCUCUUCGCUGCUGGAGGAGCUCAGGCCACUGCUGCUGUCACACUCAUCAAAGUCCUGCUCCGUGGCCAUCCAGAAGAGCCCAAAGAGCAGCACAAGGCCUCCAGCAAAGGCCCCAAACUGCCACAGGUCCCAGGUGGCGAAGACCACAUCUCUCCUGAAAAGUCCGCUCUGCGGCUCCUGCAUCAUCUCCGCAAACUCCUGCUGCAGCCGAGUCAUCAGCUCCACCUCCUGCUCCUUGCGCUGCUGCAUCCACUGCUCCAUGGCCACAUCCAUGUGGUCACUGACCUUCAGCGGCUGCAGGACAAUGCCCAGCAUGGCGAGGAGGAGCGCAAGACCCCCAGCCAUAGCCUACCUAGAGGAGGUGGGAGAGAAGCAGAUGCCGGAGAACCCAGCCGACUACCAGAAAUAUUAUUGCCGUAUGAACAAGGGUGGCUUCCCCUUCAGCACCCGGGACUGCGGCUGGAUCGUGGCUGACUGCACGGCAGAGGGGCUGAAGUCGGUGAUGCUGCUGCAGGAGAAGUGCCCCUUCCUAACCAAGCCCGUCCCCUCUGAGCGCCUCUUUGACGCCGUGAAUGUGUUGCUGAGCAUGAGAAACUCCGAUGGAGGCUUUGGCACCUAUGAAACCAAGCGAGGAGGUCGCUUACUGGAGCUGCUGAACCCCUCGGAGGUGUUUGGUGACAUCAUGAUCGACUACACCUACGUGGAGUGCACGUCGGCCGUCAUGCAGGCGCUCAGACACUUCCACGAGGUCUUCCCUGAGCACAGGGCCCCAGAGAUGAGAGAGACUCUGCAGAAGGGCCUGGACUUCUGUCGGAGGACGCAGCGAGCCGACGGGUCGUGGGAAGAGAGCUGGGGGGUUUGUUUCACCUACGGCACCUGGUUUGGCCUGGAGGCAUUUGCCUGUAUGCAGCACACAUACCGCGAUGGGGCUGUGUGCAGAGAAGUGGCCCGGGCCUGCCAGUUCCUGCUCUCCAAGCAGAUGGCAGAUGGUGGCUGGGGAGAAGACUUUGAGUCGUGCGAGCAGCGCGUGUACGUGCAGAGUGCCGCUUUGCAGAUCCACAAUACGUGCUGGGCCCUGCUGGGACUCAUGGCUGUCAGGUACCCUGAUAUUAGUGUGCUGGAAAGGGGCAUCAAAGUGUUGCUCGAUAAACAGCUGCCCAACGGGGACUGGCCUCAGGAGAACAUUGCUGGAGUGUUCAACAAGUUGUGCGCCAUCAGCUACACCUCCUACUGCAAUGUCUUCCCCAUCUGGACACUGGGGCGUUUCUCCCGGCUGCAUCCCAACAGCCCUCUCGCUGGGCAGCUGCAGCCCAGAUCCUCCUCUGGGGCAGGGAAAGCCCCAGAGGAGGCCUGGUCUGCCUGAGCCUGGGCCACUGCAGACACUGUGGCCUCCAAAUUGUCUCUGCUAUCGCCUGGCACGUGGGGGCACAGGACUAUUUCAAGCAAGAUCUCAACGCUGGUCUUACCACAGCCCUGGACCAGUGCAUCUCCCA